UUUACAGGAAGCAGACCUCUCGUAAAUCAUGGCAUUACUCGAGGUUUACUUCCAAGCUGUGCAAAAAAGAGGUGGAUAAUGCCGUGAGUUAUACUGACAGUGGUUUCUGUUACACCUUACUUUCUCUUCCUGACACGAGUCACCUGAAGAGACUAAGUAUUGACUCAAAUGAACAAAAAUGGUCUGAUAGAACCCACUGAAAGAUGAAAGCUAAAUAAAAGUGUGUAAAAGAAUGCCUCAUUAACUUUGGUCAGCAUAGGCGUUAGGCAUACAUGUGCAUGGCAUACACCAGAAGUUUUCAAACCUGUCCUGGAGCACCCCAGCAAUGUCUCCCUCAUCUAACACACUCGAUUCAUGUCUCUGUUAAUGAGUUGAUAGUUGUAUCAGGUGUGUUAAAUGCGGGAGACCUACAAAAUGUGUAUUGCUAGGAAUACAUAAUCUUAACUCUUAUCAACUCUUUUAAAAAAUAUAAAACGUAGGACUACUUAAUAACACACUUGACGCCGUUCUACAUGGUAUGAGGCAUAAGCUGCUCUAAGAACCCUUCCAAGUCAGCAUUACCCUGCAUGUGCCCCAGCUGUCAACAUGUUACCAACAUCAGUUGAUCCCGUCUGUUAACACACAUAGUGUGUUUCGCUAUAUUAGUGAGAACAUCUCAAUGAUUCCAUUGGUUUCUUUUCAGGUUAAUGAUAUUUUCUCUCACCUGACCAUAAGGAAAUGCUGCCUGCAGCUACAACGAGGAAGACCUCCGAGGGAAAACUACACCAUGGGAAGUCAAGAUGUGAUGGGAGUCAAUAUUUCCUCUGUGGCAAAAUUGGGCUUGCUUAUGAUUUCCUCAUCUAUCAUGGUGCUACACCAGAGCUCUCUGAGUGAAGGCACUGCUGAGGUGGUAUGGAAGCCCAGGUUUCUUUGACAGUGGCCUUCAGCUCAUCUGCAUUGUUGGGUCUGGUGUCUCUCAUUUUCCUCUUGACAAUACCCCAUAGAUUCUCUAUGGGGUUCAGGUCUGGUGAGUUUGCUGGCCAAUCAAGCACAGUAACACCAUGGUCAUUGAACCAGCUUUUGGUACCUUUGGCAGUGUGGGCAGGUGCCAAGUCCUGCUGGAAAAUGAAAUCAGCAUCUCCAUAAAGCUUGUCAGCAGAAGGAAGCAUGAAGUGCUCUAAAAUUUCCUGGUAGAUGGCUGCGUUGACUGUGGACUUCAGAAAACACAGUGGACCAACACCAGCAGAUGACAUGGCAGCCCAAAUCAUCACUGACUGUGGAAACUUCACACUGGACUUCAAGCAACAUGGAUUCUGUGCCUCUCCACUCUUCCUUCAGACUCUGGGACCUUGAUUUCCAAAUGAAAUGCAAAAUGUACUUUCAUCUGAAAAGAGGACUUUGGACCACUGAGCAACAGUCCAGUUCUUUUUCUCCACAGCCCAGUUAAGAUGCUUCUGACGUUGUCUCUGGUUCAGAAGUGGCUUGGUAGCCCUUUUCCUGAAGACGUCUGAGCGUGGUGACUCUUGAUGCACUGACUCCAGCUUCAGUCCACUCCUUGUGAAGCUCUCCCAAGUGUUUGAAUCAGCUUUGCUUGACUGUAUUCUCAAGCUUGCGGUCAUCCCUGUUGCUUGUGCACCUUUUCCUACCCAAAUUCUUCCUUCCAGUCAACUUUGCAUUUAAUAUGCUUUGAUACAGCACUCUGUAAACAGCCACACCUUUCAGUAAUGACCUUCUGUGACUUACCCUCUUUGUGGAGGGUGUCAAUGUUCGUCUUCUGGAUCAUUGCCAAGUCAACAGUCUUCUCCAUUAUUGUGGUUUCAAAGAACAAGAGAUACCCAGAAUUUAUACUGUAGGGAUGGUCAUUUAUUCAAACUCAAAUGUAAAUAUUCUAAUAUUUUGAGAUACUGAUUUUUGACUUUUGUGAGCUGUAAGCUCUAAUCAUCAAAAUUAAAACAAAACAACUUUUGAAAUGUUUUACUUUACAUGUAAUGAAUCUAAAAAAAAGAUUUUUACUUUUUACUUUUCACUUUUUGAAAAAAGUUACAAGAAAAAAUGAACUUUUUCACGACAUUCUAAUUUAUUGAGAUGCACCUGUAUGUGUGAUUUGGUUGAUUCAAGAGACUUUUUAACUUGUGAGGAUACACAAAUGUUGUCUAGUCGGAUUAUUCAGUGUAUAAAUGAGGACAUUUGUAUACAAGUAUAGCUUAACAAGCGCACACACACACACACACAAGAUACAACAAAUAAUACUUUUGAACUAUUGAUAAAUUAUUUGAUAUAGAUACAUUGCCUGCCGUUCCCUCAUCUUCUCAGGUACCCCAGCAGACUGAAGGAAGCCGUGAGGUGCAUUAAGUGCUAGGUGAUGAAGCAGUCUACGGACUCAUACGUUUGCAAAACGAGAGUCGCUCUGCUAUGGCAUACUCAGAACUAGAAGCUCACAGUAAAUAAUCCAUACAUAAUGGAUGCAAGAAUUUUCCUGGCUAAGGUACAAAAAAGACAAAAUAUAUAAUGAGAGGAAACAGGAAUAUGCAACAGGGUGUUCAGACUUUAAACAAAACUAUAAAGUUCCACUAUGUGAGUGCAAAGCAUAAACUUUGCAGAGAUGCCUGUAUGACACAACACAAAGCCGCUCUCAUCACCGUCAUCCAAGCUCAAGUCCAACACACCUUAUCAUACUAAAUUCAAGAUGACAUUUGUGUAGUUCAAGGUUCAAGAGAUACUGUUUCAAAAGAAAAAUGGACUUUCUACCACAGGCAGUGUGAUACAAAUUACCCAAAAAAGCAACCCUAUAAAUAACCUGACCCAACAGGCUGUCAGUGGGGUGACAAUGGCAGUAAGGCCCAAACCAGGUGGAAGAUUCAGCAAUUUGUAGCAGACAGGCAGCAACAGAGAAUGACACAAACAGAAGAGGAUGAAGCACACUUCUAUAAGAUUCAGGUGAAUAUCACAAUUGACCUAUCGGUAAGCCCCGCCCCCCUAAGUUACUGUUGCUCCUUCUUACAAUGACAGCUGCAGUGUGAAAACCUUGUCCCACGAUGUUUUUGCACAAUUUUGGACACAGAAGGCCACCAAAUGGGAAUUAAAUAUUCCAUGGAGGGAUUUAUGAAAUAUUUAAAAAUAAAUAUGGUGGGUAACUCUAAGCGAGGGUUUACAGAUCACAAUGCAAGCGGGAGAAGUCUCAUAUUACGGCCGUCAUCACGAUCGCGGAUGACAACAUGCAGGAUCAACACUGUUCAUAUAUUGCAGGCUACGAUUAAAUUAAUGUACAUUUAACCAGUUUAAUAUGGAGAGGCACUGAAAUGUAGAGCUUCGUUUAUGUGUUUUUGAACUACACUGUACAAGACGCGAGAACAGUCUGCUAUAUAGGUUUGUUCAUUAGCAUGGACUCACUAACUGUAAUGUUAGCUAGUUUUAGCCAGAGAUACCUUUCUAAAGCACAAGAUAACAUUAAUGUUCUGCUUGAGCAGAUGAAAAUGGAAACUUAAUGAGUGUAUGACAACCAGAAAAUGAAAGUGUAUGUCUUCAUUUGUAUUGGGGGUGAAUACUUAGGGACAUUUUGCUCUGUUUUGUUUGGAUUCAGGAAAUGUAAUAAAAUAAAUUAUAUCGCCCAUCCUCUCAGGAUACCUGGAAUCAGUGUUACAAGUACCGCAGGCACUUCCAAUGUUUCUCUAUGGCGCUGAAGAUGUCCGAGUUCCGCUCCCUGUGCAACUGAUGCUCGACUGCCAUUGGCUAGUCUGCGUUCGAGGGGAGGGGCUUACCGAUAGGUCAAUUCCAUGUUAUGUACAUUUUAAACACUGAACACUUUAAACGUUUUAACAUGUUAAUAGAUGAAUAAUACAACAUUCGGUGUUGUUAGUGUGUAAUUUCAUAUGAAUCUAUGUAAUUUAAUGUUGCUAUUAUUUAAGGUAGUAAUUCUUGCAUCUGGUGCCGUUUGACAGCUAAAGAAAAAAUGAGACAAAGCUAAAGAAAAUGACAGCAUCUAAAUCAUACCUCCAUGACCGAUUCAGGCAAUAAAAGAAACUGAACACUCCGCUGACACACACUUUCAAAACAGAUCUGAGCCUUUUAUGCAAGCUUUCUUUAAUGGCUAUUCUGUAUGUUCAAGGAUCUGUAAUGACACUUAAGUAUCAAUAUUAAUUUUCAUAUUGUUUGUGUUGAUAGGCAAGGCAGCGAGAUGCUUCAUCAUCUUUAAUCAUGACUCCUAAAAACACAAAGAAAGAGAAGAGACCAUGGUGCAGAGGAUCUUGAUUUUCUGUUGAAGGAUUUCUCUCCUGUCCUGGAAGGAGUGAAUGUGACCAAGAUAUAGCUUAAGAGGAAAUUUAGGCACUGAGAACAAUGAUCACGGUCUCUUUCAUGGACAAGAGCUACCGUGGGACAUCGGGUUAUCAAAGGAACCAUGCUGCUCUGACUAUAAGUGUCAGUGUUUUUUGUGCUCUACCCUACAGCUCUGAUGUUACCAAAUGAAGGGCUGCUGUUACCUGGAGCCCUGACCCACAGCAGUAGACAUCACUCUGUGAAAGGAUGAGGCCCUAACGCCACCUUUCCACAAUCUCCUAUAUUUGUACUGUAUAUUAUUUUCACGUUUCGCACCAUAGUGGCAGUCAGAGCUUUUAAAUUGGUUGUGAAGUAGCGGUUACCCCCUGCUUAUUCACCAUAGUAAAAUAUCUGAAAGUGUGAAUAUAUCCACACAAAACAAUUUGGCAUCAAAAAUAUAGCUGGUUUUCUACAGCUAAUCAACAUAAAUAAUUAUUUAAUAAUUAGACAGAAUUAUUACAACUGCCCAUUUUACAGAAACAUUUAUCUCUCUUUUAGAACCUGUAAACGCUAGAUAAUUAUUUACUUCAUGUACUUUGUGAGUUUUGAUGCAUGGACAUAUAGACAUAGUCUAUAAAGCCAACAAAAAACUGUCAAAUUGCAAUAGUAAAUGCAAUGCAGUGCUUGCAGCUUGCUGCUGUGAUAGUACAGUGCGCUUUAAACAUAUUCAGAGUUAUACGUUUGUGUGUGUGUGUGUGUGUGUGUGUGUGUGUGUGUGUGUGUGUGUGAUGCCUCAUACUGGCAGAAAAUUCCUUGUAUGUUAUGCAUACUUGGGCAAUAAAUGUUGAUGUUGAUAGCUUACUCUGUCAACAGCCAACAUAACAUACUAAUCAGCUAUAAUUAUUGCUAAAAAAUCGCAUCUCUCUGACUGCAGACCUGUAAAAGGGCAGUGUUUAUCACGGAGUAUAAAACUCUGAAUACCUAACUUAUACAGGACUUUUAUUUUGUGUUGGCUAUGUGAUGUCAUAAGGCUGCGCCGCGCUCCUGCGCCUGUGAUUAGGCUGAAGAAAGGUUUGGGUUUUAAGGCAUUUAAAGUGUAUAAAUAAACACAAAGCGUUCAGGCUAUUCAUAAGUUUUACUAGCGAUGUAAAAUGAACGAUUUAUUAUUGAAUGCAACAUUGCGAAGCUUUAUUUAACAUUACAGAACGAUUUUUUUGUGAGUAAAACCCAUCCAGACACGAUGACAAACACUAGCUGAGUCUCAUUUCGUUCCCUGUAUCGUGAAGCAGUUAUAAACACGAAUCCAGUCUCUGGCGAGUCGUGUUGAGAGAAACGGAGCUCUUUUAAACUCCGAUUGAACCAAAUACUUCUCAGAAUGUUUGGAAGCACGGCACGCCGACGACACCUGCUGCUCAAAACUGUGCAAAUGCAACGAGAACACAAACGUGUAAUGACAUAAAUACACAUGGACUUUAUAUAAAUUGUGUUGCUUUUUUAAUUUGUAGUGGUAGCUUUGAGUGUUUUACGGCUAAUAAGGUUAUUUAGGGCCGUUAGCUGUCCAGUCUACUGACCGCUGAACUAGGGAGCUUUUUGAGAUGCAUCCAGAGAUUUAGUUUGGAUUUAUUUUUCUUUCUGUUAAUUAUUCUCAAACGCACAGAAAAACUCCCAGUGAAGCAACUACCAGAAAUACAUGACACAAAGAUGGCUUUUAUUAAAGAGGAGAGUGAAGACAUGAAGAUUGAAGAAGCAUUCAGAGUCAAACAAGAAGAUACUGAGGAACAAACAGACCUAAUGGCACUGAAAGAUGAGAGUGAAGAACUGACUGAAAUGGAAGAGAAAGACCAGAAACUUGAUUUCGUGUUUGGAGAAAAAUCCACAAAGACUAAGAAGGCUUCGACACGAAAAAGAGGUCAGAAGAACGAAUAUAACAGCUAUGUCACUUGCCAUCAGUGUGGAAAGAGACUGACUAACAAACAAAACCUUGAUGUCCACAUGAGAAUACACAAUGGAGAGAAGCCUUUUACCUGCCAACAGUGUGGAAAAAGUUUUACUCAAAAACAAAACCUUAAAGUCCACUUAAGACUUCACACUGGAGAGAAGCCUUACACAUGCACUCAGUGUGGACAAGGUUUUACACAUAAAGGAAACCUUAAUGCCCACAUGAAAAUCCACAAAGGAGAGAACCCUUACAGCUGCAAACUGUGUAGGAAGAGCUUCUCACGAAAAGAAAGUCUUAAUGCCCACAUGAGAAGUCACACUGGAGAGAAGCCAUUCAUAUGUGGUCAGUGUGGAAAGGGUUUGAGAUGUAAAGAAACUCUUAAUUGCCACAUGAGGAUUCAUUCAGGAGAGAACUGCCUUACAUGUCAUCAAUGUGGAAAGAGUUUCAGUCAUAAAAGAAGUCUCAAUACUCACAUUAUAAUUCACACUGGAGAAAAGCCUUUCACCUGCCCUCAGUGUGGAAAGUGUUUCACACUUAAAGGAAACCUUAAGACUCACAUGCGGCUUCACACAGGAGAGAAGCCUUACAAGUGUCUUCAGUGCAAGAAAAGUUUCACAUAUCAAAGAGACCUGAAACGUCAUUUGCAAAUUCAUUCUGAAAAUAAAUUGCGAGUGUGACGAGGUUAAUGAAAAGGAGCAGUUUAAAAAAAUCACCUGCGCAUUCACUCUGGAGGAAGGCAAUUUAAUUGUGAUCAGUGUAACAAAAAUUUUCAUUUGCCACACUCAUGCAGAUGUGAGACCCUGUUUGUGUUCUUUGUGUGUGAAGUGUUUUAAAUGCCUCAGUUUAAAAUGGCACCAGAAAUGAUGUAUCUGUGUGAAAUGAAGGCUACAUUCACAUCACAGAUGAAUGUGGAACAAAUCUGAUUGUCCAGCUUCAUGAACACUUCUUUUAUUUGCAUCCAUCACCUUUGUAUACUUUGGCUUGUGGCUUUUUAUUUUAUUUUUUCUCCAUGUACACGUGAACUCCUGUGGCCAUUUGAACUUACCCGACCAUCUCCAUUGCUGUAUUUUUGAAUACUGAGCAGCUCAUACAGUCAUUCCAGUGUCACUCCAUUUCAUUGGUUCAUAUUGAUACUUGGUAUGGAAUGAAAAUAUUAAACUUCUGUCUUGCUAUGAUAUGCCACAAUGUUAAAGGGGUGAUUGCCUGUUUAUUUUUUAUUUUUUAAUUUCUAGGCUUGAUUGUGUUUAUGGGGUGCAGUCUAACAUGUGUUAAUGCCUCAGGUUUUUUUUUUUUUAAGCAUUAUUUUUCACAUUAUUUGCCUUUAUUCUACAUCUCUCUGUCCCUUCUCUGGUGAACGCUCUGAUGAUUUCCUGGUUAUAUGAAGCCCCUCCCUCAGAAAAACACAAUAGGCUCAGAUUGGUUAGCUGGCCCGGUGUGUAUUAAUUCGAUAAACUUGUGCAUGUCUAAACAUCACACCCCUCACCUCAGAAUGCACUCCAGUUGUCUUGUAAACAAUGGCGUCGUCAAUAUUGCUUAUCAAUUUGAGCCCGAUUAAGACCCAGAGAAUAUUAGUGAAGAGGAUCGCACAGAACCUGUGCAAGCACGGCUCUUGUUUUUCAUGACGACGGGGGUCGUCCUUUUUAUUCGAAACAUUGUUUCCUUUUUAUUCGAAACAUUCCCAAACGCACACUGUAAAACUUGAUGCAGUAAGACUGUGAGUUCUCUCAACAAUAGUAUUUUAGUUCUUCUCAGUAAAGAUACUUUGUUCAGCCAAUGUAAAUUUGUUAGUUCAUGCAAUGCUGAUUGUCUUAUUUUGCUAAUAGAAAAAUUCUUGUCACAGCAACUGAAACAACAAUUAAUGUCGUUGAGGUAAUUAAUUUUUUUCUGUUUCCUGGAAGAAAAAAAGAAUGUUUAAAAGGUCACCAUAUUCUCAAUUUUAUGUUGUUUAUUUAGAAAUGACAAAUCUUAAUGGAUAACUUAGUCUUAUAAGUUGUUUUACAAGCAAAGACAUUGUUGUCUACAUUAGACUAAGAUAUCCAGAAAACGGAUUUGAGUGGUUGAACAUUCUCUAGGCCUCAAAACUAGACACACAAACCUCAAGAACGGUGACAACCAACACGUUAAACAUAUGAGCUCUUUACAUCACAGUACAACAAAUAACUAACAAAAAUGACAAAACAACAGCAAAAAAGUUUAAAUUAAGUCAGCAAACAGCAAAAAAAAAAAAAUCCUAUAACAGUAACUGCAUAAUUUAUUCAUGCUGCAUUGAAUGCUGGGAACUCGCUAUGCCUUAAAAUUUCAACAAUAUGAAAUUCUUUGUUCAGACAACUGUUUUUGACUAGUUGGGACAACAUUUGGUGUAAUUUUGUUGGUCUGACAAGGGUUUUUAUGUUUAGUAUUUGAGACUCAAAAAGUUUUGUAAACUGGAAAAUGUGCAGUUGCAUUUUUUUACAGUGCAUUAACUAUAUCAUGAAAUAUCUCGAUUCUCACCCUGUUAGUUGAACUAUAGUGGGCGAUGGUCAAAGGUGCCUAAUAAUGUAGUCUAUUAACUAUGGAUAAAAACCUGUCUGUUUACUUAAGUAACAGAUAUGGGUGUCAUGCCAUAUCAUAUUUUUAAUAUGACUUGAAUUUAUUUUUAAUGUGAAUUUAACAUGGAAAGUUAAUGUGAAUAAAAACAUUGUAAGUUAGGCUACUUACCAUAAUUGUCAUAACACUUUCAUUGUACAGAAAGAGAGCAAAGAACAUUUUCACUGACAGUCUAGAGUUCAAGUACUCUCAAAAACUCCCAUUAAAAUCACUGAAGCUGUUUACACUGUGAAAUUAAUAUCGUACUUACAUUUUCAUACACACAUCUGCACUUUGUUGUUUCUAAUGAGAGAAUUCACCAGAAAGAGAUAUUCAGUCAGCGAGUGAGUGAAGAAAACACCGAUAUUUUAGCGUUGACUCAUCUGAACACCUCUGAUUGGUCAUUGCGUUCAUAAGCUCAACUGCAUUGUGCGUGAUUGGUUAUAAUGGGCAGCGCUGUAAAAACUCGUCUGUCUCUGGCUCAGCGCCAGCCAGCGAACGCAGAUUUGAAUUUAAGCAGCUGAUGAUAUGAAGCGUUGAACGAUUUAAUCACGCUGGUGUGAUUGUAUUAAAUAUAGAAAAUAUUAUUCGGCUAUUUUUCGUCUUUUGGAAGCUGCAUUCAAAAUCCACUUGGCUCAAAAAUCUGAGGGGCACGUGCCCCCUCACUUUGAAUGGGCAUGAUGCUUCUGCUUGUAUAUCAUUUAUUCAGAGAUAGUCAUGAAAAUAGCCUUGAUGCUGGCAUGUCUAAGUAUUUCAGUAUGUUUGAAAUAUCACAGUUCUGUUCAUAAUGUAUAUUAAAAAAUAAAAUAACA